UCCAUUUAAACUAUAUGGGUUGUUUUACAAGACCCUGCAUUCACUAUAUCUGGUGUCCCCGGACCCUGCAUUCACUAUAUCUGGUGUCCCCGGACCCUGCAUUCACUAUAUCUGGUGUCCCCGGACCCUGCAUUCACUAUAUCUGGUCUCCCAGGACCCCGCAUUCACUAUAUCUGGUCUCCCCGGACCCUGCAUUCACUAUAUCUGGUCUCCCCGGACCCUGCAUUCACUAUAUCUGGUGUCCCCGGACCCUGCAUUCACUAUAUCCGGUCUCCCCGGACCCCGCAGUCCCUAUAUCUGGUCUCCUUGGACCCUGCAUUCACUAUAUUUGGUCUCCCCGGACCCUGCAUUCACUAUAUUUGGUCUCCCCGGACCCUGCAUUCACUAUAUCUGGUCUCCCCGGACCCUGCAUCCACUAUAUCUGGUCUCCUUGGACCCUGCAUCCACUAUAUCUGGUGUCCCCGGACCCUGCAUUCACUAUAUCUGGUCUCCCCGGACUCUGCAUUCACUAUAUCCGGUCUCCCCGGACCCUGCAUCCA